AUGGCGCCCUUCUGGUUGAAGCCGUACUCUUCUUCCGCUUCCUUGAGCAGCUGCAAGAAGAGCGGGUGGCUGAGAUACGCCACCGGUACCACGAAGCGCUGCCGCUCCUCCCCUUCCUCCCCCACCAUCACCGCCAGGAAACCUUUCCGCACCUGCUGCUGCUGCUGA